AUGCGUCUCAUUAAACUAUUAACUAUAUUCAUACAAAUAUCUACAUAUUUUGUAAAUGCUUUAGAUGUUUCAAGUUGUGCGAAUAUAUAUGGUUCUACUUUUUUUCAUGAAUCUGUAACCGUCAGGCCAAACAAAGGUCUAACGCUUGAGACGGGUUUAUGGCAUUUUUUUUGGAGGGCCGUUAUUAAUGAAGGUGACCUAUUUAUUAGGGAAACAAAUAACUUAUUACUAGGUACGUCCAUUAAUUUCUUCAGCGGAACUAGUAAUGAGGGAAAUAUUGUUGUUGACGAUACUACUGCUACUACAGCAGGGACUAUGUCUUUUUCUGAUACUACACAUAACUUCGGAAAUAUAUGGUUUGCAGGCAAAAACACUCUGUUAACCUCAGUAUCUUUUUCCAUGACUGGUAAGAUAAUUGAAAACACUGGUCUUAUAUAUGUAAAACAGACAAAUACAGGAAAUUCAGGAGGUUCCUUUACAAUGGGUAAAUCAUCCUCAACUGUUACAAAUGAUGGUACUCUUUGUGCUGAAGAAGUUACUCUUUCUCCAGGUGCCACUAUUUAUGGUUCUGGCUGUAUAACGCUACUAAGUGGUAGUACACUAAACAUAGAUAACAUCAAAUCGUAUCCAUUGAGCGGCCAAACUAUUUAUAUGAAUAGUACAUCUGCACUCAUUUACAUCACACAUAAAUCAACUACUGCCAGUUUAACCAUAACUGGGUUUGGUAAAUCCAAUAAAAUACAGCUUAGCCAAAGUAUCGAUUCUUAUUCAUAUGAUUCAACAACUGGUAUACUAACUGUGGUUUCAAAAGUGUUCCUUCUGGGGACUCUAACAUUGAAUCUUAACAUAGGGACAGGCUAUGCAAGCUCCGGAUUCUCAACUUCUGCGAGUGGUUUGCUUACUGGUAAAGAUACGAUAACUUAUUCACCAGCAGCGCCGGCUACUUCGCUACCGGAUGGCUGCAGCGCAUGCUUAGCCGCCCCUACCGAGAGAAACUUUUGUUCUGGCUCAUCAGUCUCGUCCAUGUCCAAUACUUUCACCGACGAUUCGGAAGAAUCUACCACAUAUGAAAUAUCUUACAGCAGUUCUGAUACACUGUCCUACACAGUUAGCACGUCAGACUACUCAAGUAGCUUCUCCUCUAUCACUAACCCAAGUAAAACAACCGAAAUAUCAUCUACUCCAAGCUCGAAAUCCGCAAGUGAAUCCCCUUCGGAAACAUCUUCUCUUUCCAGUGCCAAUUAUUAUACAACUACUAACUCUCUAGACGCUACUGCCACUGGAUCAUACUCUGGCACUGGUUCUCUAGACGCUACUGCUACUGGUUCUUAUUCUGGCACUGAUUCUCUAGACGCUACUGCUACUGGAUCAUACUCCGGCACUAACUCUCUAGACGCUACUGCCACUGGAUCAUACUCCGGCACUAACUCUCUAGAUGCUACUGCCACUGGAUCAUACUCUGGCACUGAUUCUGUAGACGCUACUGCCACUGGAUCAUACUCCGGCACUAACUCUCUAGAUGCUACUGCUACUGGUUCACUCUCUGGCACUGAUUCUGUAGAUGCUACUGCCACUGGAUCAUACUCCAGGACUAACUCAGUUGAUCCAACAGCCACUGGAUCAUACUCCGGCACUAACUCUCUAGAUGCUACUGCCACUGGAUCACUCUCUGGCACUAACUCUCUAGAUGCUACUGCUACUGGAUCAUACUCCGGCACUAACUCUCUAGACGCUACAGCCACUGGUUCACUCUCUGGCACUGAUUCUGUAGACGCUACUGCCACUGGAUCAUACUCCAGGACUAACUCUCUAGAUGCUACUGCCACUGGAUCAUACUCCGGCACUAACUCUCUAGACGCUACUGCCACUGGAUCAUACUCCGGCACUAACUCUCUAGAUGCUACAGCCACUGGUUCAUACUCCGGCACUAACUCUCUAGACGCUACUGCCACUGGAUCAUACUCUGGCUCUAACUCAGUUGAUCCAACAGCCACUGGAUCAUACUCGGGCACUGAUUCUCUAGAUGCUACUGCCACUGGAUCACUCUCUGGCACUAACUCUCUAGACGCUACUGCUACUGGAUCACUCUCUGGCUCUAACUCAGUUGAUCCAACAGCCACUGGAUCAUACUCCGGCACUAACUCUCUAGACGCUACAGCCACUGGAUCAUACUCUGGUUCCAACUCUCUAGACGCAACUGUCACUGGAUCACUCUCCGGCACUAACUCUGUAGACGCUACAGCCACUGGAUCAUACUCUGGCACUAACUCUCUAGAUGCUACUGCCACUGGUUCAUACUCCAGGACUAACUCUCUAGAUGCUACUGCCACUGGAUCAUACUCCGGCACUAACUCUCUAGACGCUACUGCCACUGGAUCACUCUCUGGCUCUAACUCAGUUGAUCCUACAGCCACUGGAUCAUACUCGGGCACUGAUUCUCUAGACGCUACUGCUACUGGUUCUUACUCCGGUACUAACUCAGUUGAUGGUACAGCGACCGAUUCACAAUCUGGAACAGUGAUAUUGACGCCAAGCUCAGCCAGUUCAUACUCCGGCACUAACUCUCUAGAUGCUACUGCCACUGGUUCAUACUCCGGCACUAACUCUCUAGAUGCUACUGCCACUGGUUCAUACUCUGGGACUAACUCUCUAGACGCUACUGCUACUGGAUCACUCUCUGGCUCUAACUCAGUUGAUCCAACAGCCACUGGAUCAUACUCCGGCACUAACUCUCUAGACGCUACUGCUACUGGAUCACUCUCUGGCACUAACUCUCUAGACGCUACAGCCACUGGAUCUUACUCCGGCACUAACUCUCUAGACGCUACUGCUACUGGAUCAUACUCCGGCACUAACUCUCUAGACGCUACUGCCACUGGAUCAUACUCCGGCACUAACUCUCUAGAUGCUACAGCCACUGGUUCAUACUCUGGUUCCAACUCUCUAGACGCUACUUUCACUGGAUCAUACUCUGGCACUAACUCUGUAGACGCAACUGCCACUGGAUCAUACUCUGGCACUAACUCUGUAGACGCUACAGCCACUGGAUCAUACUCUGGCACUAACUCUCUAGACGCAACUGCCACUGGAUCAUACUCUGGCACUAACUCUGUAGACGCUACAGCCACUGGAUCACUCUCCGGCACUAACUCUCUAGAAGCAACGGCCACUGGAUCAUACUCUGGUUCCAACUCUCUAGACGCAACUGCCACUGGUUCUUACUCCGGCACUAACUCAAUUGACAGUACAGCUACCAAUUCACAGUCUGGAACAGUGAUAUUGACGCCAAGCUCAACCAAUUCUUAUUCUGGUUCUAACUCUCUAGACGCUACAGCCACUGGAUCAUACUCUGGUUCCAACUCUCUAGACGCUACUUUCACUGGAUCAUACUCUGGUUCCAACUCUCUAGACGCAACGGCCACUGGUUCUUACUCCGGCACUAACUCAAUUGACAGUACAGCUACCAAUUCACAGUCUGGAACAGUGAUAUUGACGCCAAGCUCAACCAAUUCUUAUUCUGGUUCUAACUCUCUAGACGCUACAGCCACUGGAUCAUACUCUGGUUCCAACUCUCUAGACGCAACAGCCACUGGAUCACUCUCCGGCACUAACUCUGUAGACGCAACUGCCACUGGUUCAUACUCUGGCACUAACUCUGUAGACGCUACUGCCACUGGUUCAUACUCUGGUUCCAACUCUGUAGACGCUACAGCUACUGGAUCAUACUCUGGCACUAACUCUGUAGACGCUACAGCCACUGGAUCAUACUCUGGUUCCAACUCUCUAGACGCAACUGCCACUGGAUCAUACUCUGGCACUAACUCAAUUGACAGUACAGCUACCAAUUCACAGUCUGGAACAGUGAUAUUGACGCCAAGCUCAACCAAUUCUUAUUCUGGUUCUAACUCUCUAGACGCUACAGCCACUGGAUCAUACUCUGGUUCCAACUCUCUAGACGCUACUUUCACUGGAUCAUACUCUGGUUCCAACUCUCUAGACGCAACGGCCACUGGUUCAUACUCUGGCACUAACUCUGUAGACGCUACUGCCACUGGUUCAUACUCUGGUUCCAACUCUCUAGACGCUACUUUCACUGGAUCAUACUCUGGCACUAACUCUGUAGACGCAACUGCCACUGGUUCAUACUCUGGCACUAACUCUGUAGACGCUACUGCUACUGGAUCACUCUCCGGCACUAACUCUCUAGAUGCUACAGCCACUGGAUCUUACUCGGGCUCUAACUCAGUUGAUCCAACAGCCACUGGUUCAUACUCCGGCACUAACUCUCUAGACGCUACUGCUACUGGAUCACUCUCUGGCUCUAACUCAGUUGAUCCAACAGCCACUGGUUCAUACUCCGGCACUAACUCUCUAGACGCUACUGCUACUGGAUCACUCUCUGGCACUAACUCUCUAGACGCUACUGCCACUGGAUCAUACUCUAGUUCCAACUCUCUAGACGCUACUUUCACUGGUUCAUACUCUGGUUCUAACUCUCUAGACGCUACUGCCACUGGUUCAUACUCUGGUUCUAACUCUCUAGACGCUACUGCCACUGGUUCAUACUCUGGUUCUAACUCUCUAGACGCUACUGCCACUGGAUCAUUCUCUGGUUCUAACUCAAUUGACAGUACAGCUACCAAUUCACAGUCUGGAACAGUGAUAUUGACGCCAAGCUCAACCAAUUCUUAUUCUGGUUCCAACUCUCUAGAUGCUACUGCCACUGGAUCUUACUCUGGCACUAACUCUCUAGACGCUACUGCCACUGGUUCAUACUCUGGUUCCAACUCUCUAGACGCUACUUUCACUGGAUCAUACUCUGGCACUAACUCUGUAGACGCAACUGCCACUGGUUCAUACUCUGGCACUAACUCUGUAGACGCUACUUUCACUGGUUCAUACUCUGGUUCUAACUCUCUAGACGCUACUGCCACUGGUUCAUACUCUGGUUCUAACUCUCUAGACGCUACUGCCACUGGAUCACUCUCUGGCUCUAACUCAGUUGAUCCAACAGCCACUGGAUCAUACUCGGGCACUGAUUCUCUAGAUGCUACUGCCACUGGAUCACUCUCUGGCACUAACUCUCUAGAAGCUACUGCUACUGGAUCACUCUCUGGCUCUAACUCAGUUGAUCCAACAGCCACUGGAUCAUACUCUGGCACUGAUUCUCUAGAUGCUACUGCUACUGAUUCACUCUCUGGCACUGAUUCUGUAGAUGCUACUGCUACUGGUUCAUACUCCGGCACUAACUCUCUAGACGCUACUGCUACUGGAUCACUCUCUGGCACUAACUCUCUAGACGCUACUGCUACUGGAUCACUCUCUGGCUCUAACUCAGUAGAUGCUACAGCCACUGGAUCAUACUCGGGCACUGAUUCUCUAGACGUCUCUGCUACUGGAUCACUCUCUGGCUCUAACUCAGUUGAUCCAACAGCCACUGGUUCAUACUCCGGCACUAACUCUCUAGACGCUACUUUCACUGGUUCAUACUCUGGUUCUAACUCUCUAGACGCUACUGCCACUGGUUCAUACUCUGGUUCUAACUCUCUAGACGCUACUGCCACUGGAUCACUCUCUGGCUCUAACUCAGUUGAUCCAACAGCCACUGGAUCAUACUCUGGCACUGAUUCUCUAGAUGCUACUGCUACUGGUUCACUCUCUGGCACUGAUUCUGUAGAUGCUACUGCUACUGGUUCAUACUCCGGCACUAACUCUCUAGACGCUACUGCCACUGGAUCACUCUCUGGCACUAACUCUCUAGAUGCUACUGCUACUGGAUCACUCUCUGGCUCUAACUCAGUAGAUCCAACAGCCACUGGUUCAUACUCCGGCACUAACUCUCUAGACGCUACUGCUACUGGAUCACUCUCCGGCACUAACUCUCUAGAUGCUACAGCCACUGGAUCUUACUCGGGCUCUAACUCAGUUGAUCCAACAGCCACUGGUUCAUACUCCGGCACUAACUCUCUAGACGCUACUGCCACUGGAUCACUCUCUGGCUCUAACUCAGUUGAUGGUACAGCGACCGAUUCACAAUCUGGAACAGUGAUAUUGACGCCAAGCUCAGCCAGUUCAUACUCCGGCACUAACUCUCUAGACGCUACUGCCACUGGAUCACUCUCUGGCUCUAACUCAGUUGAUCCAACAGCCACUGGUUCAUACUCCGGCACUAACUCUCUAGAUGCUACUGCCACUGGAUCACUCUCUGGCACUGAUUCUGUAGACGCUACUGCCACUGGAUCAUACUCCAGGACUAACUCUCUAGACGCUACUGCCACUGGAUCACUCUCUGGCUCUAACUCAGUUGAUCCAACAGCCACUGGAUCAUACUCCGGCACUAACUCUCUAGAUGCUACUGCCACUGGUUCAUACUCCGGCACUAACUCUCUAGAUGCUACAGCCACUGGAUCUUACUCGGGCACUGAUUCUCUAGAUGCUACUGCUACUGGAUCACUCUCUGGCUCUAACUCAGUUGAUCCAACAGCCACUGGUUCAUACUCCAGGACUAACUCUCUAGACGCUACUGCUACUGGAUCACUCUCUGGCUCUAACUCAGUUGAUCCAACAGCCACUGGUUCUUACUCCGGUACUAACUCAGUUGAUGGUACAGCGACCGAUUCACAAUCUGGAACAGUGAUAUUGACGCCAAGCUCAGCCAGUUCAUACUCCGGCACUAACUCUCUAGACGCUACUGCUACUGGAUCACUCUCUGGCACUAACUCUCUAGACGCUACUGCCACUGGAUCAUACUCUGGCACUGAUUCUGUAGACGCUACUGCCACUGGAUCAUACUCCGGCACCAACUCUCCAGACGCAACAGCCACUGGAUCAUACUCCGGCACUAACUCUCUAGACGCUACAGCCACUGGAUCUUACUCGGGCACUGAUUCUCUGGACGUCUCUGCUACUGGAUCACUCUCUGGCUCUAACUCAGUUGAUCCAACAGCCACUGGUUCAUACUCCGGCACUAACUCUCUAGAUGCUACAGCCACUGGAUCUUACUCGGGCUCUAACUCAGUUGAUCCAACAGCCACUGGAUCAUACUCCGGCACUAACUCUCUAGAUGCUACUGCUACUGGUUCACUCUCUGGUUCCAACUCUCUAGACGCAACUGCCACUGGUUCUUACUCCGGCACUAACUCAAUUGACAGUACAGCUACCAAUUCACAGUCUGGAACAGUGAUAUUGACGCCAAGCUCAACCAAUUCUUAUUCUGGUUCCAACUCUCUAGACGCUACAGCCACUGGAUCUUACUCUGGCACUAACUCUCUAGACGCUACUGCCACUGGUUCAUACUCUGGUUCCAACUCUCUAGACGCUACUUUCACUGGAUCAUACUCUGGCACUAACUCUGUAGACGCAACUGCCACUGGUUCAUACUCUGGCACUAACUCUGUAGACGCUACUUUCACUGGUUCAUACUCUGGUUCUAACUCUCUAGACGCUACUGCCACUGGUUCAUACUCUGGUUCUAACUCUCUAGACGCUACUGCCACUGGAUCACUCUCUGGCUCUAACUCAGUUGAUCCAACAGCCACUGGAUCAUACUCGGGCACUGAUUCUCUAGAUGCUACUGCCACUGGAUCACUCUCUGGCACUAACUCUCUAGACGCUACUGCUACUGGAUCACUCUCUGGCUCUAACUCAGUUGAUCCAACAGCCACUGGUUCAUACUCCGGCACUAACUCUCUAGACGCUACUGCUACUGGAUCACUCUCCGGCACUAACUCUCUAGAUGCUACAGCCACUGGAUCUUACUCGGGCCCUAACUCAGUUGAUCCAACAGCCACUGGUUCAUACUCCGGCACUAACUCUCUAGACGCUACUUUCACUGGUUCAUACUCUGGUUCUAACUCUCUAGACGCUACUGCCACUGGUUCAUACUCUGGUUCUAACUCUCUAGACGCUACUGCCACUGGAUCAUACUCUGGCACUAACUCAAUUGACAGUACAGCUACCAAUUCACAGUCUGGAACAGUGAUAUUGACGCCAAGCUCAACCAAUUCUUAUUCUGGUUCUAACUCUCUAGACGCUACAGCCACUGGAUCAUACUCUGGUUCCAACUCUCUAGACGCUACUUUCACUGGAUCAUACUCUGGUUCCAACUCUCUAGACGCUACUUUCACUGGAUCAUACUCUGGUUCCAACUCUCUAGACGCAACGGCCACUGGUUCUUACUCCGGCACCAACUCAAUUGACAGCACAGCUACCAAUUCACAGUCUGGAACAGUGAUAUUGACGCCAAGCUCAACCAAUUCUUAUUCUGGUUCUAACUCUCUAGACGCUACAGUCCACUUGGAUCAUACUCUGGUUCCAACUCUCGUAGACGCUACUGCCACUGGAUCAUACUCUGGCUCUAACUCAAUUGACAGUACAGCUACCAAUUCACAGUCUGGAACAGUGAUAUUGACGCCAAGCUCAACCAAUUCUUAUUCUGGUUCUAACUCUCUAGACGCUACAGCCACUGGAUCAUACUCUGGUUCCAACUCUCUAGACGCAACGGCCACUGGUUCUUACUCUGGUUCCAACUCUCUAGACGCAACGGCCACUGGUUCUUACUCUGGUUCCAACUCUCUAGAUGCUACAGCCACUGGAUCAUACUCCGGCACUAACUCUCUAGACGCUACUGCCACUGGAUCACUCUCUGGCACUAACUCUCUAGAUGCUACUGCUACUGGAUCACUCUCUGGCUCUAACUCAGUUGAUCCAACAGCCACUGGUUCAUACUCCGGCACUAACUCUCUAGACGCUACUGCUACUGGAUCACUCUCCGGCACUAACUCUCUAGAUGCUACAGCCACUGGAUCUUACUCGGGCUCUAACUCAGUUGAUCCAACAGCCACUGGAUCAUACUCUGGCACUGAUUCUCUAGAUGCUACUGCUACUGGUUCACUCUCUGGCACUGAUUCUGUAGAUGCUACUGCUACUGGUUCAUACUCCGGCACUAACUCUCUAGACGCUACUGCUACUGGAUCACUCUCUGGCACUAACUCUCUAGACGCUACUGCUACUGGAUCACUCUCUGGCUCUAACUCAGUAGAUCCAACAGCCACUGGUUCAUACUCCGGCACUGAUUCUCUAGACGCUACUGCUACUGGAUCACUCUCUGGCACUAACUCUCUAGAUGCUACUGCUACUGGAUCAUACUCUAGUUCCAACUCUCUAGACGCUACUUUCACUGGUUCAUACUCUGGUUCUAACUCUCUAGACGCUACUGCCACUGGAUCACUCUCUGGCUCUAACUCAGUUGAUGGUACAGCGACCGAUUCACAAUCUGGAACAGUGAUAUUGACGCCAAGCUCAGCCAGUUCAUACUCCGGCACUAACUCUCUAGACGCUACUGCCACUGGAUCACUCUCUGGCUCUAACUCAGUUGAUCCAACAGCCACUGGUUCAUACUCCGGCACUAACUCUCUAGAUGCUACUGCCACUGGAUCACUCUCUGGCACUGAUUCUGUAGACGCUACUGCCACUGGAUCAUACUCCAGGACUAACUCUCUAGACGCUACUGCCACUGGAUCACUCUCUGGCUCUAACUCAGUUGAUCCAACAGCCACUGGAUCAUACUCCGGCACUAACUCUCUAGAU